CCAUGCGCAGUAAAGUUUCAACCGUACCAGCGGUAGCGGUUGUUGUUUUUUGUUCCUCUGUACAGUUAACACUUUACCGAAGUACCUCAUUUUGACAAUUUUUUUUUAACAUUUAGGUAUAACUUCAACUUCAAGAUCCUGGCAAGUUAAAUGGGUGCCGUACCGAGUACGGAGGGCGAAAGGGAACCCCUGCUUGUCCCCGUUCCGCCCGAGGCGAGCAUACAGCCUGCCUACAGCCGAGUCUAUGGAAGAAGAUGGCUGGUCCUGGCAAUGUUUUCUCUUUUGGCGUUUAUGCAAGGAAUGGUGUGGAACACAUGGGGUCCGAUACAGAACUCUGCCAGACACGCUUACGGCUUCGAAAACACAGACAUCGCCGUGCUGGUUCUGUGGGGUCCAGUUGGGUUUGCGCCGUGGCUUCUGUUCAUGUGGUUAAUGGAUAAGAAAGGUCUCAGGGUGUCUCUCCUGCUGUCGGCCUUCUUCAUGGUGGCAGGAAGUGCCAUGCGAAGUGUCCCUCUGUCCAACCUGCAGCUGAAACGAUGGUUGAUCCACGGGGGUCAGCUGCUGAACGGUUUGGCCGGCCCCACCAUCAUGAGCGCCGGACCCCUCCUGUCCACCACGUGGUUCGCCCCGGACCAGCGGGCCACCGCCACCGCCGUCGCCUCCCUCGUCAGCUACCUGGGCGCGGCCGCGUCCUUCCUGAUUGGCCCGCUGGUGGUGCCGGCGCCCAAUGAGACGCUGCACGCCGCCUCCGGCGCGAUCGACUGGCCCGUGGGCCGCAUACGGGACCGGAUCCAGCUGGUUCUGUAUGGAGAGUUUGCGAUGAUCGCCGUGCUCUUCGCCGCUGUGCUGCUGUACUUCCCGUCCCGCCCCCCCGUCCCCCCCAGCGUGGCCGCCGCCAGCCAGAGGCUCAGCUACAGGAGCAGCAUCUGCAAACUGCUCAGUAACCUGCGCUUCCUGAUGAUCGCCCUGGCGUACUCUGUGCCCACGGGCGUGGUGGCGGGCUGGUCCGGCGUGCUGGACAUGAUCCUCACCCCCGCCAAAGUCAGUCAGGUGGAUGCUGGCUGGAUCGGGUUCUGGUCUGUUCUGGGUGGCUGUGUGUUCGGAGUGGCCAUGGCCAGGUUUGCAGACUCUAUCCGCGGGAUGCUGAAGCUGAUCCUGGUCCUGAUGAUGGCCGGCGCCUCCCUGGCCUCCACCUGGUUCACCCUCACCUGCCUGACCCGGCUCACCCACCUCCCCUCCACCGCAGCCACGCUGUACACUUCCUGUAUCCUGGUGGGGAUCUUCAUCAACAGCAGUGUGCCCAUCUUCCUCGAGCUCUUCAUCGAGACGGUGUACCCCGUGCCCGAGGGCAUCACCUGCGGCGUGGUCACCUUCCUCAGCAACCUCUUCACCGGGCUCUUACUCUUCUUCCUCACUUUCUACUUCAAAGAACUUUCCUGGCUGAACUGGUGUCUGACGGGCUCCUGCCUCUUCAGCCUCCUCCUCAUCCUCCUCUUCCGGGAGUCGUACGAUCGUCUCUACCUGGACGUCUUCGUCUCCGUCUGAGAGGGCUGCCCGUUUGUUUUUGACUGAAACUUUUAACAGUGAACCUCUCUGCUCAAUGCACACUGCACAACUGGACGGAAAGAGCCGGCGCCAGCUGCCCCUUCCAUCAGAACGGACCUUUUACCCAUGUCUUUGUUUUAUAAAACAAAUAAGGAAAAAAUUUUCAAAAUGUU